UGUGCUCCGCGAUGGCGGCGGAGAAAUUCCCCGGCGCCUCCAACGGGAGCAUCGGGGCUCCGGCGCACGUCGGAGUGGAGGUCCCCGAGGGCGGCGGCAAUAAGAGCAGCCUGGGCGCGUCCCGCCUGCGGGGCUGCCUGCGAGCCAACCUGCUGGUGCUGCUGACGGUGGCCGGGGUGGUGGCGGGCGUGGUGGUGGGGCUCGGGGUGCGGCAGCUGCCCGGCGGCGGGCUGAGCCGCGUGGACAUCCUGCUCUUCUCCUUCCCCGGGGAGCUGCUGCUGCGCUUGCUGAAGAUGAUCAUCUUGCCCCUGGUGGUUUGCAGCCUGGUGGCGGGCGCCGCCAGCCUGGACCCGGCUGCCUUGGGGCGCUUGGGCGGCUGGGCGAUGCUCUUCUUCCUGCUCACCACCCUGCUGGCGUCCUCCAUCGGCGUCGCCCUGGCCUUCAUCAUCAAGCCCGGAGAGGGGGCGUCGGCCCCCAAGCUCUUCGGCGAAGAGGCGGCCGUGCCCGAGGCCAAGCAAGUGGUCGACUCCUUCCUCGACCUCAUCAGGAACAUCUUCCCUUCCAACUUGGUGUCAGCCGCAUUCCGAUCGUAUGCAACCAGUUAUAAACUGGUGAUAGAGAAGAAGAACAGGACAGGAGUCAGCGAGAAUAUCACGUUUGGUGAAAACGUAACAGUUGGUGAAACCAUUGUGGAGAUGAAGAUCCCCACAGGCACAGAGGUGGAAGGGAUGAACAUCCUGGGCCUGGUGGUCUUCGCCAUCGUCUUUGGGAUUGCUCUGCGGAAGCUCGGGCCGGAAGGCGAGAACCUGAUCAAGUUCUUCAACUCCUUCAACGAAGCCACGAUGGUGCUCGUCUCCUGGAUCAUGUGGUAUGCCCCCCUGGGUAUCAUGUUCCUGGUAGCUGGCAAGAUUGUGGAAAUGGAGGACGUGGUUGUCCUCUUCACCAGCCUGGGCAAGUACAUCUGCUGCUGCCUGGUGGGCCAUGCCAUCCACGGUCUCAUCGUCCUGCCGGUCAUCUACUUCAUCUUCACCCGCAAGAAUCCUUACCGGUUCCUUUGGGGCAUCUUCACUGCCCUGGCCACCGCCUUUGGCACUUCCUCCAGCUCUGCCACCCUGCCCCUGAUGAUGAAGUGUGUCGAGGAGAAGAAUGGCGUCUCGAAGCACAUCAGCCGCUUCAUCCUGCCCAUCGGGGCCACGGUCAACAUGGACGGGGCUGCCCUCUUCCAGUGCGUGGCUGCCGUCUUCAUCGCCCAGCUCAACAACAUGCCUCUCAACUUCAUCCAGGUCAUCACCAUCCUAAUUACUGCGACGGCGUCCAGCGUCGGAGCUGCUGGGAUUCCUGCGGGUGGCGUCCUCUCCCUCGCCAUCAUCUUGGAAGCUGUUGGGCUGCCCACCAACGACAUCUCCCUCAUCCUGGCAGUGGACUGGCUUGUGGAUCGCACCUGCACCGUCCUAAACGUGGAAGGCGAUGCUUUUGGCGCUGGGCUCCUGCAGGUGUACACCGAAAGGACAGAAGGCAAGGCAGAGGCAGAGGAGCUGGUGGAGAUCAAGACGGACGCCGGCAAGGAAUUGGGGGCGGAAGAAGGCUCCCCACUGAUCAAGAGGGACGGGCCUGCCCCUUUGGAGGGCAUCAACUCCUGCGAAAAAGAAUCCGUGAUGUAAAGAAGCCUACGAAGAGGCUAGACUUCGUUUUUUAAAAGUUAGGGUUCCAUUUUUAAGGACAGCUCCCAAAUCUGCUCCACCUUUGAAAGACUUCUGUUUCCCAUAAGAAGCAAGGGCAGGCGGUUUGGUGAUGGGGAACUUCUUCGAUUUUCACCCAGCACACUCCUUUCCACCUUUUUUUAAUGACUGAUUUUUCACACAGUGCUUUUAAAAUUUCAAACAGGGGGACUUUUCCCCCCUGAAAAAUGUGUUGGGGAGCUUCAUGCUGCCUGGAAAUAGCUCUGCUUUGCUGGAAGCCUCUCCCUCUUUAAGGAGAUGAGGGUUGGGGGUGCUGUUGCUCAGGAGAAAGGGCACUCUGGGUAUUCUCAGAGGCACAAUACUUUGCACGUUCCAGGCUGAACCCUUAAGUUUUUAAAUCUGCAAUGUGGAAACUGGUAGCAGGGACUUUGGAGGUCUCUUCAUAUCACUCUUUUCCUUCUUCCAGAUCUCUAGCUACCUUUGCUGCUUUUUAUUUUAUUUUAUUUUGUAUUUUGGACCAAGCAAGGGGGGUGGGUGUUGUCCUUUCCGUGUCUAGUAUCUUUGACUCCCUCCCAUUGUCAUCACCCCCCCUUUUUAGUUACAUUUCAUUGCAGGAAGAGGAAGCAGUCUGCUUUAUUUCCGGACAGAUUUAUUCUCCCCUGGCCCACCCCACAAUUCAAUAACUUAAGCAGUGCACCGCUUGAACCUAUAAAUACCUAUCGUCAAACAGGAAUGGGGGGGGAGAGAGAGAAUUUCUUUCUGCCUUUUACAAUUUCUUCGCUGCCUUUCUGCCUUUUACAAUUUCUCUACGAAUCCUAAUGCCAAGGCUGUGCGAUGUGCAAUUGAACACUGAGAGUCACCGCUGGGUCGCUGGGAUUUCUGCCAUUCCCUGCAAAGCCAACUUUCCUUGAAGUGCUUAAAACCUACAUAUUUUCCUCCCUUCUUCCCUGCUUGGGUCAUCAAGUGCAAGAACUAGACAGUGCUCCAGUGCUCUCUUGAAGUGGCAACUCCUGGUUCCAACAGCUGCGAUGCAAUUUAAUUUAUUUCUGGAACUUAAAAGGAUCCGAAUGGUGUUUUUUCUCUCCACACUGGAAUUAAAGGGGCAGGGCAGCGUUAGGAGGUCAAAGAGAGUGAGCGAGACUGGAGUAGCUUCAGAGGUGAGAGAUAACCUCUGGGGCUCCGUUUUCCAUCACCUUUAUUCCAGUCUUGUGCCGAACAGCCGCUGCUGUGCAAGUGGGCAGGCUUUGCAGGAGCUGGUGAGUGGUGGCCCCCCUGGACCAAAUUUUCAGCGCUGCCUGGCCUGUCCAAAGCCCAGCAGACGCUGAAGCAGACAUUAGCUGUGAGGAAGAAAGGGAGGAAGUACCACUGGCGAUGGGACAGAGUAGGAAAAGUGGUGGAAUCUUUGGAUAGGUGUGCAUGCAGGAGGUGAAUCUCCAGGGCCCUUCUGCCUUCCUUGCAGUGGCUGACAAAGGCCUGGCAGCACCCCCCAGAGAACUGCAGGGCCUUAACUCAAAGCAAAUAUAUGCUUAUGCACACACAGGGUCACUUGGAAACCGUGGCCGGGCCUGCAGCCUUGUCCUUGUCUCACACGCAGGCUUAGACUUUGACCAAUGGAAUCUUUUGUACCUUUUCAAGUGUCUCUGCAAUCUUGAAGACUGGGAACUUAGCUGAGAAUCGUCUGAUUCUCCCAUACGGCCUCGGUCCAGUAUACUUGAAGGAGCGUCUGCACCUCCAUCUUUCUACCCGGACACUGAGGUCCAGCGCUGAGGGCCUUCUGGCGGUUCCCUCGCUGCGAGAAGCCAAGUUACAGGAAACCAGGCAGAGGGCCUUCUCAGUAGUGGCACCCGCCCUGUGGAACGCCCUACCACGAGAUGUCAAAGAGAAAAACAACUACCAGACUUUAGAGGACAUCUGAAGGCUGCCCUGUUUAGGGAAGCUUUUAAUGUUUAAUAGAUUAUUGUAUUUUAAUAUUCUGUUGGAAGCCGCCCAGAGUGGCUGGGGAAACACAGGAAGAUGGGUGGGGUAUAAUUAUUAUUAUUAUUAUUAUUAUUAUUAUUAUUAUUGGCAUUGGAUUCUACCGGGGCAUAUCUACUUCCAUACCUUCCAGAUGCUGGUGCCUUAUGCCUCCACAAUGCCCUGUGCAGAUCCAGAAUGCAUACUAUAAUAGUAAUAAUUUAUUAUUUAUACCCCAGCCACUCUGGACAGCUCCCAACAGAAUAUUAAAAACACAUAUAAGAUCAAAGAUUAAAAACUUCCCUAAACAGGGCUGCUUUCAGAUGUCUUCUAAAAGUCAGAGAGUUGUUUAUUUCCUUGACAUCUGAUGGGAGGGCGUUCCACAGGGCGGGCGCCACUACCUUUCGCUGAUGAAAAUGUGGGUUUGGCCGCAGGCGCUCAUAACCUGGCCAAUAGCUGCCUGAAGCAUAUCAGUGGAGAUGUUUUGCAGUCUUAAAAAAAAAAAUCAGUAGAAUGUCAGAGCUUUUAAAUCCGACUUCAGUGUUUUGAACUGUAGAUCUUAUUGAUUAGUUGGAUGCAGUCUCUUCUAUUUUGGCCAUGCAGGACUCCUUAGUAGGCUUUGUGUGUCAAAAUUCAGAGGUAGGCUUCAAGUGAGGUCUAGGCAAACACCAAUUG